AUGAUUUCACGUCGUGACAAGCUCUUGAAUCUACCUUGGGCGCAACAACGAUACGAACAUCAUCGUGCCAAUCUGCAUUCUGCCAAACCGGCCAUCGAUAUGCGCUGCCCACCCUUCUACCCGCAUGUCAUUCUCAAGCCGAAGAAGAUGCAAAAGGAGAAGGAACGUUUGCAACGCAUCGAAGUGGAAAAUGUGCGACUGUUGCAGAAAUUGGGCGAUAUCAUGAAGACGAAACGAAUGUCGGAUUUGUGGUUGGCACCAAGACCAAAUUUUCUACAUCGCGAAAAAUUAUUCGAAACGCGUCCGUACUCGAGCCUACCCAAAUUGAUAACGAUUUAUGGACCGAAAUCAUCAGUGGAACACGAGAUGAGUUUGCAAAGAACUUUGAAAUCGCCGAACUCGCUAAUGGUGCACAGAUGUCCGACUUGUAGUGGAAAACCCGAGCGUACUCAAGUGGCUAUUCCCGAAAAUCGUAUUCCCUGGGAGCAAGCGCGUAUUUCACACAACGUACAAAUCAAGAAAAUUUAUGAGAUGAAAAUGUGUUCGGAUUGUGGACAUCCCAAGAAGACGCAUGAAAUGAGAAAAAACUCAAAUGCAGAAAACUAAUAUUCAGAUAAAAAUAUGCAAAGUAAAUAAAAGUGCAAAAUAUACUUUGGGGGAGGGGCUUUGAAAGAUGGUAUGAAAUAAUAAGUGUGUGAUCUAUGAGUUGUGGACGAAAAUUUUUGAGUCCCAAAAAUAUAGUUGAGUCUAAACGUAACAAAAUCCUAGGACUAAAUUUUAGCAAACAUAGUUUUAGUAUUUUUACUUUGAAAGCUUCUGGCCGGUUUAAAAAUUAAAUAAAAUUGA